UCAUAUUCUGUCAUAUGUUUUCUCUCUCAAUCAUGUUUACCUUUAUUUCAAUUGCGAAGAGAUUUUUUCUUCUAAUUUUUGCUAAUUAAAUCUACAAAUUCCAUUUCUUUUUUUCCCAUUAGUGUAUUUGGUUAAUUCUUUACUCUUGUUUAUUUUAUUUCACUUCUAAUUCAGUUGUUUAAUCAUUUUUUUCUCUCUCAUCGAUCUCAUUUGUUUUGUUUUUUCUCGUCCAACCGGAUGUUUGAUUCCAAUUGUUUGGGAAACAAUUAAAGGAAAAGGAUAAUUGAUAAAAUGGAUACAUUUUGGUUACUUGCUUCCGGUGGAUCAACUGUGGAAGAAUUUGCCAAAGAUGUUUACCUGAAAAGUAAUCUUAAGAAUAGAAUUGGUUUUUAUAUCAGACAAUUACUUCAGGAUGUUUAUGGACAAGAUGAUCUCUGGUGGUGCUGGUGGUGAUUCUGGUAUAUCAACAACCACCGGAAUCUCUGAUAGUAAGAUAAUCACCGAAGUUAGUAGUCCAGCGGUUAAUUCACUUGUUAAUUGUCUCGAAGCAACAUUUCUUCAUGGUCUUAAAGGAAAACCUUUGCUAAACCGUAUGAUGGGUAAAUCUUUAUCCAAAGAUACCAAUAAUCAAACAGAAUAUAAAUUAGAUUUCUGGUCAGUUAUUUUAAUUCUAAGUCAUAAUCAAGUCUCAGAGAGUUUGGGACAAUUGAACAACAUUCGUACAGAUAUUGGCCGAUGUCGAGCAUGGUUAAGAUUAACUCUUAAUGAUGGUCUUCUUCAGAGUUACCUUGAAGCCUUAAUUAAUGACACUUCCUUGUUACAUGGUUUUUAUCGUCCAUCAGCUUAUUUAAGAGACAAGGAACAUAUGGAUUGUCUUCGUGACCUUAUGGGACCUCUUAAAUUAGCGACCUUUCAACUUAAUUAUGAUCAUUCACUGUUAAACAAUUGGACCUGUGAUACACUCAAGUUAAUUGGUAUAACUGUACAAGAUACUACAAUAGGAGAUAAGAAAGUUGGACCUACGAUUGUGAAACGUAAAGAAUUGAUACGAAAAAGGGUUUUAAAUCGUUGGGACAAUGGAUUGUCCGAAGUAGCUGGUAAAUCAUCUGAAAGGUCAAAAGAAUCAACUCAAAAUGAUGAUACAAAAUCUGAAUCUAAUUCUAGACCAAACUCAACAGAACCUUCAACUAAUAUCUCAGUCCUAAUUACUCAAACAGAUGAAGAUGGAUCAUCAAGUCAAACAACUCAAGUCAAAGUUAAUCAGUCCAAUGUUAAAGAAGACGAUAUUACUCAAUCAACUACUAAAAAGAUUUCUAACUCUCCUGGAUCACAUUCUAGUUUAAUUGAAUCUACCUCUAAACUUGAAGGAUUAACCUUGAAAGAGAAACACAAAGACAAUACAAAUGAAGGUUCCAAUGUUAAAUCAAUGCCUCCUGAAGCAAGUAAAAGUGUAAAAAUCAAGAAAAGUAAUUUAUCCAACUCAUCUAAUGCUGGAGAAGCAAGUUCAUCACGUUUAUCAACAAAUUCUGAUUCAACGUCUCUCGGUGGUAAUAGUAUAACCAACAAGGGUGGUUGGUCUACAUCCCCACCGGGUGAUCAUGAAGAAGAGCCAUAUGAGAGUCUUUUAUACAGCAUAUCAACAAAUGCUAUGCUCUCGUCUACUCCCGAUAUCAAAGAGUUUAUCUUUGCUCCUCCAUCAGAUGCUGAUAAUCGCAGUGUUAUGAGCAAUGAAUCAGAAAGAUCUCCCACUCCAUCCAUAAGUGGUAGGCGUAGUAGCGUGGUUCAAGGAUUAAGUUUAUUCAGGAGGAAGAAAAGUGUAUCCUCAAAAUCUGAGUCUGGAAGAGCGAGUAAUCCGAUUGGUGGGAGUGGAACUCAUGGUACAUUAGCUUCACCCAUAACCUCAUUGGGCGGAAAUGAUUUUGAGAAUCCGAAAACUAUGGUUUUAAAUAGUCAGGAACCUGAGACUCAAGAAUUCCUAUUACAUUUAACCAGAAUUGCUAAUCAUGUUGGUCUUGAUGAACAAGAUUAUAAAUGUUACUCAUGUGGUAGACCUAUUGGAAUGAUUUAUGGUAAAUUUCGUGUCUGUGAAUUUGAUGGUUUCAAUUAUUGUACCGAAUGUCAUGCCGAUGAAAAAUGGACUAUUCCAGCGCGAAUUGUAAACAAUUGGGAUUUUAAGAAAUAUCCGGUUGCCAAUCGAAACAAAAAACGUUUACAACUCAUUGAAAGUGAACCUUUAAUCGAUAUUAAAGUUUCCGCUUCGAUUCUUUAUAAAAUGAUCAAAGAAUUACAAGAAAUUCUUGAUUUAAGAACUCAACUAUUCUAUCUUCAUGCUUAUCUAUUUACCUGUAAAGAGCAAGUUGCCACCGGAUUGAGGAGGAUUCUAUGGCCUAGAGAUCAUCUUUAUGAACAUAUUCACCUUUACUCGAUGGCUGAUUUACUCCAGAUUCAAUCGGAACAUCUCUCAAUAAUUUAUUACGAAAACCAUUCAAUUUGCUCGAAACACAUCACCGCAAAUUAUUUAUCCUUUGAUACCAGUGUAACUUAUCGAUGUGAUAAUUGUAAGGCCGUUUUCCAUAUCUCAUGUUUCAUCACCGAAUCGGGAAAAAGACCUUGUCCUCGGUGCUUACGGAUACGACGUCGUGAACGAGCUGCUGUAACUGUUUAAAUCUCUAUAAAUCUCUUAAAUUAUUACAAAUUA